AUGGAGAACGAAGGUGUUAAUUCGCCAUCGAGCCCUUCUAAAAUUGAUGGGAACCGAUAUAAUGACACUUUGGACAAGGAUCAGAUGACGAACAUUUUACAAAGUUUUUACGAAGAUUUCAAUAAUGAGACAAAUUAUUUAUUAAUCACACUCUACGUACCGGUUAUUGUCCUCGCUGUGACUGCCAAUAUUCUGGUCAUCGUCGUCGUCUUCAAGUAUCAUUACAUGCGAAGUGUGACGAACUACUUCGUGGUGAAUUUGUCGAUUGCCGAUCUUUUGGUGACCAUGAUCUGUAUGCCUAUGGCUGUAAGUCAAGCGGUUUCCAUUAUAUGGGUCUACGGUGAAAUCAUGUGCAAGCUCUUCUUCUAUCUUCAGGGUGUUGCAGUAGCAGCUUCUGUUUUCACGAUCACUGCAAUGAGCAUUGAUAGGUACCUAGCAAUCAGAAGUCCCAUCGCAUUUCGAAGAGUCUUCAAUAGGAAAAGUACAAUUAUAGUUAUCAUUGCCCUGUGGGUGGUCUCCUUAACAAUCUUCGCACCUAUUUUAAGAGCAGUCACUCUCCAGAGUCCGAUAACUGACCUGGACAAUAUAACUCUCGUCGGGCAGUGGGCCAAUGAAAAUGAUGUUCAAACAUUGAAACCACCACAGUUUUAUGUUUGCUCAGAAGAUUUUAAACCAUUGGGUAUUCACGCCCACAUUUUCGGAGCUGUCUGCUUCGUGCUUGUUUACGCUAUACCGGGUUUUAUCGUCGUCAUGGCCUACUCGAUGAUGGGUCGAACUCUUUGCGCCAGAAAACCACCCUUUGACUGCGACAGUAUCGAAGGUAGUGCCAGCUCGCAACAGGGAUUCAGGCUGGUUCGUGAAAGGAGGCGAGUGGCAUGGAUUCUGCUUUUGCUUGCAGUGCUCUUUGCCCUUUGUUGGCUGCCUUAUAACGUACUCAGACUACUGGUCGAUCUAGGGGUGAUCAGUGAAGGAAGGGCCAUGUCAGAAGUGCUAUCGUAUUGUCUUUUUCUUGGACACGCAAACAGUGCACUCAAUCCCAUCGUGUACUGCUUUAUGACCCGAAACUUCCGAAGAAGUGUGUCGGAAAUACUCUGCCGGAGUCCCCAUGGACUAGCACGUAGAAAACCCCAUCGCAAGUGGUUCCAGACUUUGGGGAGCACGGUGGACGUCUGCGUCGGCUGCAACGGACGGCACCGAGGUUUCCUGGGCCCUCUGGCACCUGGAGGUGUGAUUCCCACUGGAGGCCCCGGAAUCCUGAACUCCCGCCGCAGUGCAACAGCCUCGAGCAGCGGCUGUGACAGCUUUUACAAUCGCCACAGUCCACAUCGUCGCUGCUACAUGUUGAGGAGCUUAGCCCACGAAACCAGGAAAACUCAGGACACUCUUACCUUCAGUAAGCCAAACUCUUCUGACAACGAUAAAGUACGAAAACCUAGUUUACUCAGUGUCCAGACCAGUGCUGUCACAUUGCACAGCAAUGGUCAGAAUAGCAAUAACCCUCUUGACGAUAAAGAGGUGAAACUUUCUGCCACAAAUGGUGUGCAGUUUAGCUGA